CGCUCCAUUCGAGGCAAGGAAGGUUUGUUAGAAAUCGUGCAACAAACCUUAAAAAGAUCGAAAAAGGAAGCACCAAAAAAAGGAAAGAAAAAUGGACAAGAUAGGGAAACUGGCAUCGGAGAACGGCGUGGUGGUCUUCAGCAAGAGCACGUGCUGCUUGUGCUACGCGGUGCAGAUCCUGUUCCGCGACCUCGGGGUGCAGCCCCUGGUGCACGACAUCGACCACGACCCCGAGGGGAAGGAGAUCGAGAAGGCGCUGAUGCGGAUGGGCUACAGCGCGCCCGUGCCCAUGGUCUACAUCGGCGGCAAGCUCAUGGGGUCCACCAACGAGAUCAUGUCGCUCCACCUCAGCGGCUCCCUUGUCCAGCAACUCAGGGCCUACCAGCAGACCAACUAGUCUCACUUUCUCUUUUUCGAUCCUAGCUAUUUCUAUUCCUAUGUAUAUACUCUUUAUCAAUGUAUUUGUAACGUUGUAGUAGUGAGAAUAAGAGUUUUGUGCCUUGCCUUGCUGGAUGAGGAACAACAACAAAGAUUAAUGUAGUCAUAGUAAUUACUCCUAAUUAGUGGUGUGAUUAGGGCUAGCUCGGAUUUAGCUGAUUCACAAAUAUUGUUCUUCUCUCUUUUCCUUUUGAAUGUUAAAUCAAGAUUAAUUAGUCU